UUUCUCUCAGUGGAUGUGACUCUGGAUCCUGAUACAGCAAAUCCAUAUCUCAUCCUGUCUGCUGAUGGAAAACAAGUGACACAUGGAGACACACGACAGGAUCUCCCUGAUACACCACAGAGGUUUAAAUAUUGUGUUAAUGUUCUGGUGCAGCAGAGUUUCUCCUCAGGGAGAUUUUAUUAUGAGGUGCAGGUCAGAGGGAAAACUGACUGGAAUCUCGGAGUCGCCAAAGAGUCCAUUAACAGGAAGGGGAAGAUUACAUUUACUCCUCAGAAUGGAUUCUGGACUGUGUGGCUGAGGAAUGAGAAUGAGUACAGGGCUUGUGCUGGUCCCCCUGUCCCCCUCACACUGAGAGAGAAGGUGGAGAAGGUGGGGGUGUUUGUGGAUUAUGAGGAGGGUCUGGUCUCCUUUUAUGAUGUGAAGUCCAGCUCUCAUAUCUACUCUUUCACUGGUCAGUCUUUCACUGACAAACUCUAUCCAUUCUUCAGUCCUUGUUUUAAUAACAGAGAUAAAAAUUCAGCACCACUGAUCAUCUCUGUGCUUAACACUGAAUGAAUUUUCACCUCACAAAUUUAGGGUGGGUUACACCAAUAAGGAUUAAUCUUAAAUUUAGAUUAAAUCAAGCUUUAUCUAAAAAAUUGUCAAAAUUGCAGCAUUUAUUUGGUGGAUUGGAGAAAAAUGAAAGAGCACAGAAAAAUAAGGCACCAUCUCAACCCUGUUGAGUUUUAUCUUGUGCUGAAUUUUCAAACAGGUAUCGAUACAGCAAGGAAACUGUGAUUAGAUUAAAUCAAACAAUUGAACUUGCAAUUAGACAUGGUAGUGACCGAAAUGCAGCCAUUCCACCCAUGCUCCAGCUUUUAAUAGCCUUGUGCUUUUACGCUACUGGUUGUUGCCAAAUGGUGUAUGGAGACCUCUCUUUGAAGUAUAUAAAUCAGCAACUGUGAGCAGAAUUAUUGGAAGAGUAUCGGGGGCAAUUGCAGCCUUGAAAAUCAGUUAAAAAGAUUUGCCCCAACACGAGAAACAUCUGCUGGAUUUUAUAGAAGAGCUGGUUUUCCAGGCGUUAUAGGAGCAAUUACCUGUACUCACAUUCCCAUUCAAAACCCAGGUGGAGAAAAUGGACAGCUGUUUCACAACAGGAAGGGCUAUUGUUCCACCAACAUUCAAGUUGUGUGUGAUGAGAAGGUCCAGAUCAUCAACACUGUAGCUUGAUGGCCAGGAUCUACACAUGACAGUAGGAUCUUUGAUAACAGCCACCUCUGCGCUUGAAAGCCAUGCGAUUCAGAGCCACUUAGUAGGUGACAAUGGAUACCCCUGUCGUGCCUGUUGACCUGAUGACCCCCAUCUUGAACCUUCAAUGCCAGAAACGAAACAACACCUGCCACA